CACAUGCGAAAACAUACCGGUGAAAAACCAUUCACUUGCAGCCAUUGCUCGGCUUGUUUCGCUGGAAAAGGUGAUUUAAAACAACACAUGCGAACACAUACUGGUGAAAAACCAUUCACUUGCAGCCAUUGCUCGGCUUGUUUCGCUGGAAAAGGAAAUUUAAAACGCCACAUGCGAAAACAUACUGGUGAAAAACCAUUCACUUGCAGCCAUUGCUCGGCUUGUUUCGCUAGAAAAGGAAAUUUAAAACGCCACAUGCGAAAACAUACCGGUGAAGAACCAUUCACUUGUAGCCAUUGCUCGGCUUGUUUCGCUGGAAAAGGUGAUUUAAAACAACACAUGCGAACACAUACUGGUGAGAAACCAUUCAGAUGCAGCCAUUGCUCGGCUUGUUUCGCCCAGAAAGGACAUUUAAAUAAGCACUUGCGAACACAUACCGAUGAGAAACCACUCAGAUGCAGCCAGUGCGCGGCCUGUUUUGCCGAUAAAGGUAAUUUAAAGCGGCACAUGCGAUCACAUACCGGUGAGUAACUUUUUAUUUGGAACCAUUGCUCGGCCCGUUUUAGUAAAAAAUGUUCUUUAAAAGCACACAUGCGAACGCACACCGGUGAAAAACCAUUUAAUUGCUGUCAGUGCUUGGACUGUUUUGCUCAAAAAUUAAGCUUAAUACGA